AUGAGUUGCUUAGCAUGGAACUGUCGUGGGCUUGGGAACCUACAUACAGUGAGGGAGCUUGGUGAUGUUAUUCGGGCAAAAGAUCUCUCUGUGGUGUUUUUAGCCGAGACACUUACAGAUGAUGCAAGGCUAGAAUUCGUUCAGAGAAGUAUUGGUUUUGAGCAUAGAUGGGUCGUACCGAGGGUGGGAAGAAGUGGUGGACUAGUUCUAUAUUGGAAAGCAUCAGUUAAUUUGAUGGUGGAAGAUUCAGAUAGACACUAUAUUGAUGCGGUGAUCAAUAAAAAUACGGAUAAUGAGUGGAGAUUAACUAGGUUUUAUGGGGAACCUGAUACAGCGAGAAGACAUGAAGCUUGGGCCAAAUUAAGAGCUCUAAACUCACAACCUGAGAAGCCUUGGCUUUGUCUUGGAGAUUUUAAUGAGAUUAUAAAACAAGAGGAGAAACAAGGAGGAGCUAGAAGACCUUAUUAUCUGAUGCAGCAGUUUAGGGAGGUGAUUGAUGAAUGUGGCUUCAUGGAUUUGGGUUUUGAGGGACCUAAAUUUACAUGGAGCAAACACUUUGAAAGCGGGAUUUCAAUUUGGGAGAGGCUUGAUAGGUGUUUGGUUAAUAAUAGUUGGUUUAUGAUGUUUGGAGGGUCAAGGGUGUAUCACUUGUCUUGCUCUUCAUCGGAUCAUAUCCCAUUAUUCAUCUCCCCAUCGGGUUUGAUUCCUCCAAGCCGGAAAAAAAAUUUUAGGUUCGAACAAAUGUGGCUUUCAAACUCGGGUUGUGAGGAAGUAAUGGAAGUGUAG